AUCGGCGGCGGGGGCGGUACUCAGCCCUGUCCCGGGCCGUCGGCCCCCAGCUGGUCCCUCUGCCGGUCCGUCCGAUCCGCGCGUCCCACACCAGGGUCCCGCGCCAUGAGCUCCACACAGUUCAACAAGGGUCCGUCCUACGGGCUCUCGGCCGAGGUCAAGAACCGGCUCCUGUCCAAAUAUGACCCCCAGAAGGAAGCUGAACUCCGAGGCUGGAUAGAGGGACUCACGGGCCUCUCCAUCGGCCCUGACUUCCAGAAGGGUCUGAAAGAUGGGGUAAUCCUGUGCACCCUCAUGAACAAGCUGCAGCCAGGCUCUGUCCCCAAGAUCAACCGGUCUAUGCAGAACUGGCACCAGCUGGAAAACCUCUCCAACUUCAUCAAAGCCAUGGUCAGCUACGGCAUGAACCCCGUGGACCUGUUUGAAGCCAAUGACCUGUUCGAGAGUGGGAACAUGACCCAGGUGCAAGUGUGUCUGCUCGCCCUGGCUGGAAAGGCCAAGACCAAAGGGCUGCAGAGUGGUGUGGACAUCGGGGUCAAAUACUCGGAGAAACAAGAGAGGAACUUUGAUGAUGCCACCAUGAAGGCCGGCCAGUGCGUCAUAGGGCUGCAGAUGGGCACCAACAAAUGCGCCAGCCAGUCUGGCAUGACGGCCUAUGGAACCAGGCGACAUCUCUACGACCCCAAAAACCACAUCCUGCCCCCCAUGGACCACUGCACCAUUAGCCUUCAGAUGGGCACCAACAAGUGUGCCAGCCAGGUGGGCAUGACGGCUCCGGGGACCCGGAGGCACAUCUACGACACCAAGCUGGGCACCGACAAGUGCGACAACUCCUCCAUGUCUCUGCAGAUGGGCUACACGCAGGGCGCCAACCAGAGUGGCCAGGUCUUCGGGCUGGGACGGCAGAUAUACGACCCCAAGUAUUGCCCCCAAGGCCCAGCAGCCGACGGGGCUCCCCUCGUGGGUGACAGCCAGGGCGAGGCCCCUGAGUACCUGGCCUACUGCCAGGAGGAGGCAGGCUACUGAGCUCCCAAGGCUGCCAGCUCCCCGCACCAGCAUCCUUGUGUGUGUGUUUCGGGUUUUUUUGUUUU